AUGUGUGUCUACAAGCCUGUUUUGGCCAUUUUGGACUCGGGGGUCCCUGCGUGCGUGAUGAUUUUGGUGAGCGGUGCCGAUGCCGAGAAGGCGUAUUCGGUCUUCAUGACCUUUAAGGACGUGGUGAAGAUGGACCAGGUGUCUUCGCCUGGACCCGCUGCUGCGGCGCCCUCGAGCGACAGCGUCGGCGCAGCAGGUAAGAAACUUUCGCACGCGUCCUACCCGUUCCUGAAGCCCAUGGAUUUGACAUCGGGCAUCUGCCAGAAGCUUCUCCCCAGCGUCUCGGCGAAGGAUGCCCUGAAGGCCGCCGGCAAGGCGAUCGUCGUGGGCGCCGCGGCGGACGGGGGCGCGCUGAGGGCGGCGGCGGAGGCGCGCCGCAAGGCCAGCGGCGGCAUCGACGCCAAGGGCGUGACCUCUGCCGCCGGCUACGAGGCCGUGAGCGCAACGCUCGUCCGCGUGGUCGUUUCGGUGCCGACCCCGACAGUCAUGGGCGUCUACAGCGCUUUUGCCAAGUUCGUCCCCGGGACAGUGUCCGACAAUAUGUUCUCCUCGGUGGAACCUCAGGCGGCGAAUGCCGCUACCAAGGCGUUCUGCUGCGAGUUCAACGACGUGGUGAAGGCAGCCCGCUGA